GAUGUUUUUUCCAGCUCUAUAACAAACCCACGACACGAAACGUGCUACAUUUUUUUCUCUGCGAAAAAAAAGAAUUUAUUUGAAUUAAUAAUGGGCGUACAAGUAGUUCCAAUUUCUCCCGGUGAUGGCAGCACCUAUCCCAAGAAUGGCCAAAAGGUAUCGGUUCACUAUACCGGAACUUUGGACGAUGGUACCAAGUUUGAUUCUUCUCGGGAUCGCAACAAGCCAUUCAAGUUCACCAUUGGCAAGGGUGAAGUGAUCCGUGGCUGGGAUGAAGGUGUAGCCCAAUUGAGUGUUGGCCAACGUGCCAAGCUGAUCUGUUCCCCCGACUAUGCCUAUGGCAGUCGCGGACAUCCAGGUGUCAUUCCACCCAACUCCACCCUAACUUUCGAUGUGGAGCUGCUCAAGGUCGAAUAGAGUGUGAGAGAAAGAAAGAGUGUGUGCAUGUGUGGGGAAAGGGAGGAGCACCACCUGCUUGAGUGUGUGCUGCAAAGAGAGAGCACUGUAUAUAUACACCAAUACAGAAAAAAACACACGGACAGGCGCACUCCCAAUCUCCUGACCAAGACCACCAGCCAAUCAAACACAACAAACAAACCAAAACCAGAACAAUCCAACAGCAUUUUUGAAUUCUACUCAAAAUGAAAUUAGACUUAAUUAAUGGAAAACUGCAUCUUCUUAACGCCUACUAAAGAAAAAAUAAAACAUUUGAUUCAAAUCGAA